AUGAAAUUUCAAAAGUUCUUACUAAUUGGCCUAGCAGCUGGCAUUUUGGUGGGCGCGAUAACCUGGAUUAUUAUUUCGUCACGUAAAAUUCAAGAUGAUCCUAGAACAAUCCCGAUAAAGCAGGCGUUGAUUCUCCCACGAGUCGUGCUGAGUUCCGAAUUUGUGAGUCUGAUUGACGCCAACGACAGCAACCUGAAGGACUUUGCAGAUCAUGCGUAUCCAGGAUGGGACCAGAAGACUGACCAGCUCAAGAAGUUAGCUCUGUUCGCAAUAAAGCUCCUGGACUUCUGGGCGACUUACGGACGGAAAAAAUCACGAAACUAUCCAAAAAUAGCCGAGUCAGUGGUGAGCCAGGUGGUGGGGAAGCUAAAGCAAUCUGACAUGUCGAAGGUGCCGUGGGGGGACAACUGGUACACCUUUUCUGCGUUGGUCACGCGGAUGCUGGUGAUGUACGAGUACGUUGGAGACGAGCCGGAUUUGAAACGCGCGUGUCAUGACCAGGUGAUCAGAAUCAUCCCUAGUGUUGGAACCACGCACGAGAUUCUGGAUUCGGAAGAUUACAAUACGAUGAACAUCUACUUCACGGCGGUUCCACGACUGUGCUCCAACUUUAUGUUCGAUUUUAAUGCAUACAACGCUGACAUCAAGACUCCUGCCUUCAUCAAAGUCAAGAAGUUCCUCAGCUUUGAAGAAGUGAAGGUCGACGAGCCAAAGACCGGCGUCUACCGAGAUCUUUCUUGGAUCCACUUCACUAACGUAGCGAGCUACCAACUCCUGUUUGAACUCUACAACUUCCACGAGCGAGUUUACACUGCUCUAGGUCACACCAACCGAAUUCGUGAGCUAGCAGAGGCAAUAAUCCCCAAAAUUCUGCACCCACAAAUCCCUUACCGGCCGCUCGGGCUCUCUGGGCGGAACGACGUCAUCUACAGCAGGACCAACUACUGGGAACUGGUCCCCAACAGCUUUGGAGUCCACAUCAUGCCUUUCAUCGGGUUCGGAGUCUUCAAAACCCCCGAGUUCCUUUUCUACGUCCGCGUUCAAAGACCUGGAAUCGCAGCUUACGUCACAAAUUCCUUCGAAACGGAAAAAAUAUUCGCGCUGGCUUGGAUGCAACUACCCAAACUCUACUUCAGGAACUAUAAGAGCUUCACAGACUAUGACGCUACGCUGACUGCUAAGUUGUUGAUGGAAUCUCCAGGACUCUUGCUGAUCAAAGGUGAGGAUUACUCAUCAAACGUUCUGUCGUCCAAAAACGAAAAUCUGAAAGCCUAUCACGCUGAUCCUGGGUCCAUUGAUUCUUUCAUUGGAACUGUAAGGAGUUCCAAGGACAGGGAUGCUCUCUUUUGGAAGAACAAGUAUAAGUUUAGCGCAGUCUACGGCAACUGCACCAUCACUGAAAUUGGCAUAGUCUGGGACACUACCGUUACAUUUCGGUUGGAAGUCCAUAACCAGAGUGGCAAGGAAUUGGCCUUCAGACUUAAGACAUUGGGGCAUUAUCUUUCUACUAACGUUUAUUCGAUAAAUGAUACGAUAGAGUAUUAUAUAGAGGGUAAUGCAGUUGGAGAGGUUCUUAAAAUUCCUGCGAGAGGGAAUCCAGUAGUAAUACAGUGGGGUUUUGGGAUCCAGGAAGACAAUAGGGGUACAAUCACAUGCCCUAACGGGAGGGUAAAAUUUGAAACAAAUUGUAUUGCCUUCGAGGUACAGACUAUUGAAAACAACGGGAACUUCGUGGUUAGAAAUGAGAAAGGUAAUAUUAUCGCCGGUGGAAGCUCCAGCAGCGACCCGGAACACUCUUUUCAGUUUGAAAAUGUUACACUUGUCAGGAAUAAGGACAACUUUAUGUACUAUCCUAGUGAGACUCAUUGA